GUCCUCUACAGAUCUGCAGUGUCCGUUGCUUUCUUGCGGCUGGAGUUCAUCGCCGAUCAACAAUGGCGUCAAUGGGAGCGGUGACUGUUUCCAAUUUUGUGUCGAGGAGCUCCCUCAUCUCUAGUCAUGGGGCUACAGGCUCAGAGACCAAAACGAGCCUGUCGCAGGUCGGACUGAAGUACCGUGUAGAAACUCACAAGGGGUUGAAAUCCUUGAACAAUUUGGAUGUGCUACGGAAGAAAACCCCUGCUGCAAGUGCUAUUUGCAGGAGUGCCAGUAGGGGAACUGAUGGACUCGGUAGAACUGCUGCGAAAAUUGUGUGUGAACAAGGGAUGAACAUAGUGCUUGUGGCUGCUGAAGUUACUCCAUGGAGCAAAACUGGUGGGCUGGGUGAUGUUCUUGGAGGAUUGCCUCCAGCAUUGGCUGCUAGAGGACAUCGUGUCAUGACGAUAGCUCCUCGCUAUGACCAGUACAAAGAUUCUUGGGACACUGAUGUAACAGCCGAGGUAAAAGUUGGGGAUCAAAUGUUUACUAUACGGUUUUUCCAUUGCUACAAACGAGGAGUUGAUCGAGUAUUUGUUGAUCACCCAAUAUUUCUUCAAAAGGUUUGGGGCAAAACUAAGUCUAAACUAUAUGGGCCUAAUGCGGGAGUGGAUUAUGAGGACAAUCAGUUGCGGUUUAGCCUGUUGUGUCAGGCUGCUCUGUUGGCGCCUUUGGUUCUAAAUUUGAACAGCAGCAAGUUCUUUUCAGGACCAUAUGGGGAGGAUGUUGUAUUCGUUGCCAAUGAUUGGCACACAGCUCUUCUUCCAUGCUACUUGAAAACCAUGUAUCAAGCAAAGGGUAUUUAUAAAAGUGCCAAGGUUGCUUUCUGCAUUCACAAUAUUGCUUAUCAAGGCAGAUUUGCUUUCUCAGACUUUUCCCUUCUGAAUCUGCCUGAUCAAUUCAAGAGUUCCUUUGACUUUACUGAUGGGUAUGAAAAGCCUGUGAAGGGAAGAAAAAUCAACUGGAUGAAGGCUGGAAUAUUGGAAUCUGACAGUGUUUUCACUGUUAGUCCAUAUUAUGCCCAGGAACUUGUUUCGGGAAUUGAUCGGGGUGUUGAAUUGCAUACCAUUCUUCGUUUGACGACCGUUACGGGUAUAUUGAAUGGCAUGGAUGUUCAGGAGUGGAACCCUACAACUGACAAAUACAUUCCCAUCAAGUUCAAUGCUGAAACCGUUGAGGAAGGAAAAGCGCUUCUGAAAGAAGCUCUUCAAGCGGAAGUUGGGUUGCCCGUUGACAGGAACAUCCCUUUGGUAGGAUUUAUUGGUAGACUCGAAGAGCAAAAGGGAUCUGAUAUCCUAUCAGCAGCUAUUCCAAUGUUCAUUAAUGAAGAUGUUCAAUUGGUGGUUCUAGGAACUGGCAAGAAGUAUUUAGAGCGACAACUUGAAGAGCUAGAGAUAAAAUAUCCUGACAAAGCUAGAGGGGUGGCAAAGUUCAACGUUCCUUUAGCACAUCUCAUAAAUGCAGCUGCUGAUUUCUUGAUGAUUCCAAGUCGAUUCGAACCCUGUGGUCUCAUCCAGUUGCAAGCUAUGCCUUACGGAACCAUUCCCUUGGUAAGCACAACUGGUGGUCUCGCCGACACUGUUAUCGACGGUUAUACAGGUCUCCAAAUGGGCGCGUUCAGCGUUGAAUGUGAAACUGUUGCUCCAGCUGAUGCAGCAGCAAUUGCUAAAACUGUCGUAAGAGCUCUAUCACUCUUCAGCACCGCUGCCCACAAAGAUAUGAUACAGAACUGUAUGGCUCAAGAUUUCUCAUGGAAGGGUCCAGCUAAACUAUGGGAAGAAUCUCUGUUGGGAUUGGGAGUCGAUAACAGCCAACCUGGACGAGAAGGGGAGGAAAUCGCUCCUCUCGCCAAGGAAAACGUUGCCACUCCUUGAGUCAGAUAUAAGUUUUCCCAGUUUCUCUUAGUUUAUGUUGAUUGCUAAUGAAGAAGGAAGCACAGAAGCUGUUGAUAUCCAGCUUCCAGCAGGAGCAGGCAGGUGGGGCCACUUUUCAAGUGAUGGCUGCUGCUCCUCCUCGGACAUGACACGAUUGAGAGGUAGAGAACCCUGUGAUUGUGUAUGUCCGUCUAGGAAAACUACAUCUACAGCUUCUGUUUUUUUGCUUUUGAUCUCUUAGUUUUGUCCUUCAGCCACCCUCUCCUGCAAAGGCAAAUAUUACACUACUGAGUUGUUUGUUUCUAAAAUCUCGUGCAAAGGAAUUCUAUCACAAUGCUAA